ACCGGACCCGAAAGGUUCUUAGGGAGUUGAAGGGCCUGGAGGAGGCCCCGGAACAAAUGGCGGGAGCUGGGCCGACCAUGCUGCUUCGGGAGGAGAAUGGCUGUUGCAGCCGGCGUCAAAGCAGUUCCAGCGCUGGGGACUCAGACGGAGAGCGCGAGGACUCGCCGGCUGCGCGCGCCCGGCAGCAGCUGCAGGCGCUGCUCAACAAGACCAUGCGCAUUCGUAUGUCAGAUGGACGGACGCUGGUCGGCUGCUUCCUCUGCACCGACCGCGACUGCAAUGUUAUCCUAGGCUCGGCGCAGGAGUUCCUCAAGCCGUCGGAUUCCUUCUCUGCUGGGGAACCCCGUGUGCUGGGCUUGGCCAUGGUACCCGGACACCACAUCGUUUCCAUUGAGGUGCAAAGAGAGAGCCUGGCGGGGCCUCCCUAUCUCUAACCAUGAUCGCGCAUGCCUUUUAGACUUCAUUAAACCUGUAACCCAA